AUGGACGUGUACUUUAGCAUUCUGUUACACGACAUUACAUUCUACGACAUCAUCUAUUCUGCUGCCUCAGUCGAAAUUUGUUUCCACUCAUUCAAAGCUCAUAUCCAAAGUCGGAUGUUUGGAAAUUGCUCAAAGCAACGAGGAUUCACUCCAGAACUUCUGAGUAUCGCAUGUGAUGCGUCUGUUGCUGAACCUGUUCGACAAGCUGCUGUUAUUUAUUUCAAAAAUACUAUUGUCCGCUUGUGGGAAAGUAAUGACGAUUCUGUUGAUAAAUCGGAAACCGUGGAUUUUUGCCUGUCAGAUGAGGACAAAGCGUUGGUUAGGGAUCGUAUAGUUAACGCUGUUUGUGCUGCCGGCGAAUCUUUGAGGUAUUUUUGUUUUGUUUUCAUUCUAGCUCUGGAUUAUUGCAGAACUCAGUUGUGUAUUGCGAUCCAACAGAUUAUUCGAAUGGAUUUCCCUGAUAAGUGGCCCCAGUUCGUGACUCAGUUGACGACGAAACUGGCCAGUCCCCCAGAUGCUUCAGUAUUGUCAGCCGGACUUUUGAUCCUAUACCGACUUGCCAAAGUUUACGAGUAUAUAAUGUUCAAAAGAAAUAAAGACAGAGAUGAUAUUGCUGAGCCUGUUUCCAAGCUCGAACCCUUUGUAUACUAUCACUGUCACCAAUUGCUGAAUAACCAAUCUGCCGGAUCUCUUGACUCGAUUGAAGACAGAGAUGAGCGAGCGCAUACGGUGUGGUGGAAAUGCAAAAAAUGGGCAGCAAAAAUAUUGGAAAGAAUCUUUGACAGAUAUGGCUCCCCUAACCAAGUGGAGAAGCAAUACGCUGCAUUUGCAAACCAUUUUUUGUCGCACUGGGCACGGCCUGCGCUUGAAACCAUGUUAAUGAGUACUGUUCCCUUGUUUUCAAUCGGUUUUCUCUAUCUCAAUGUUAUUUUUAUUAAGGUGCUCUACCUCGCUUUGUCUUUUACAAACACUGCGGUCGCUCAUUCCCAUUGUUGGAAAACUAUGAAGCCACACGCACUGGACUUGAUAAAGACUGUUCUGUUUCGGCUCAUGUCGUAUACUAAGGCAGACGAAGAAAUGUGGGAUGAUAACGCAGAAGAAUAUGUCCGCUUCAAGUUUGUUUCAGACAUCUUUGAGGAUCUGCAUAAUCCUGCUUCUGGAGCCGGAGCACUGCUUCGUGGCCUAGCCAAACGAAAGGAUAUUGUCCAACCAGUUCUUGCAUUCGCUAUACAGGUCUAG